UGUAAUCAGUGUGGAAAGACUUUCACAUCGAAGUCACAUCUUGUUCACCAUCAGAGAAUCCACAGUGGAGAGAAACCAUUUGAAUGUAAUCAUUGUGAAAAGACUUUCACAUGGAAGUCAGCUCUUGUUACCCAUCAGAGAAUCCAUACUGGAGAGAAACCAUUUGAAUGUCAUCAGUGUGGAAAGACUUUCACAUGGAGGUCAGAUUUUGUUAAACAUCAGAGAAUCCACACAGGAGAGAAACCUUUUGAAUGUAAUCAAUGUGGAAAGACUUUCACAUGGAGGCCCCACCUUGUUACCCAUCAGAGAAUCCACACUCAAGAGAAACCUUUUGAGUGUAAUCAAUGUGGAAAGACUUUCAGAUUGAGGUCCCACCUUGUUAACCAUCAGAGAAUCCACACUGGAGAGAAACCUUUUGAAUGUAAUCAAUGUGGAAAAACUUUCAGAUUGAAGUCCCAUCUUGUUAGACAUCAGAGAAUUCACACUGGAGAGAAACCUUUUGAAUGUAAUCAAUGUGGAAAGCCUUUCAGAUUGAGGUGCCGUCUUGUUAGACAUCAGAGCAUCCACACUGGAGAGAAACCUUUUGAAUGUAAUCAGUGUGGAAAGACUUUCACAUGGAGGUCCCAUCUUGUUAAACAUCAGAGAACCCACACAGGAGAGAAACCUUUUGAAUGUAAUCAAUGUGGAAAGGCUUUCACAUGGAAGUCAAAUCUUUUUAAACAUCAGAGAAUCCACACUGGAGAGAAACCUUUUGAAUGUAAUCAAUGUGAGCAGACUUUCACACGGAAGUUAGCUCUUGUAAAACAUCAGAGAAUUCACAGUGGAGAGAAACCUUUUGAAUGUAAGCAAUGUGGAAAGACUUUCACAUGGAGGUGCCGUCUUGUUAGACAUCAGAGAAUCCACACUGGAGAGAAACCUUUCGGAUGUAAUCAAUGUGGAAAGACUUUCACAUGGACAUCAGAUCUUGUUCAACAUCAGAGAAUCCACACAGGAGAGAAACCUUUUGAAUGUAAUCAAUGUGGAAAGGCUUUCACAUGGAAGUCAAAUUUUUUUAUACAUCAGAGAAUCCAUACUGGAGAGAAACCUUUUGAAUGUAAUCAAUGUGGUAAAGCCUUCAUCGUAAAGUCAGCCCUUGUUUCUCAUCAGAGAAUUCAUAGGAAAUAG